UAUGGGACGUCCAGAGUUCAAUCGUGGCGGCGGCGGCGGAGGUUUCCGAGGUGGACGCGGUGGAGACCGUGGUGGUAGCAGAGGUGGAUUUGGAGGCGGUGGUCGUGGAGGAUAUGGCGGAGGUGAUCGUGGCAGUUUCGGUGGAGGUGAUCGCGGAGGCUUCAGAGGAGGACGCGGAGGUGGAGACCGCGGUGGUUUCCGUGGAGGAAGAGGCGGUGGUGAUCGAGGUGGUUUUGGUGGCCGUGGAUCACCAAGAGGAGGAUUCGGAGGACGUGGAUCUCCAAGAGGCGGAAGAGGAUCACCACGUGGUGGACGCGGAGGAGCCGGUGGAAUGCGAGGAGGAAAGACUGUCGUUGUCGAACCACAUCGUCUCGGUGGAGUAUUCAUCGUGAAAGGAAAGGAAGAUGCUCUUGCCACAAAGAACAUGGUUGUGGGAGAGUCCGUGUACGGAGAGAAGAGAGUGUCCGUCGAUGACGGAGCUGGCUCAAUCGAGUACCGUGUGUGGAAUCCAUUCCGUUCUAAGCUCGCUGCUUCCAUCAUGGGAGGAUUGGAGAACACUCACAUCAAGCCAGGAACCAAACUUCUCUAUCUCGGAGCUGCUUCUGGAACUACUGUUUCCCAUUGUUCUGACGUCGUUGGACCAGAAGGAAUCGUUUAUGCUGUUGAGUUCUCUCACAGAUCUGGACGUGACCUUUUGGGAGUUGCCAAGAAGAGACCAAACGUUGUCCCAAUUGUCGAAGAUGCCAGACAUCCACACAAGUACCGCAUGCUUGUCGGAAUGGUCGAUGUCAUCUUUUCUGAUGUUGCUCAGCCAGAUCAAGCUCGUAUUGUUGCUCUCAAUGCCCAAAACUUCCUUCGCAACGGUGGACAUGCCGUCAUCUCUAUCAAAGCUAAUUGCAUUGACAGUACUGCUGAGCCCGAGGCUGUAUUUGCUGGUGAAGUCAACAAGCUGAAGGAGGAGAAGUUCAAGCCACUUGAGCAGGUAACCCUGGAGCCGUAUGAGAGAGACCACGCUGUCGUGGUUGCUGUCUACCGCCCAGUCAAGGGAAAGAAGGUCUGAUCUCCAAAAUCAUCGUUACAUUUUUUUGUUUUGUUAUUUUGUUACAUGUAUACCUCCAUCUUGAUCGUUAACACUUGUUUUACUUGUUUCCCAAUAAAAUGUUGUUGAUGCUGUC